AUGUUUCACGUGCUACCGGGAGAUCCCUAUUUCCCCGACUAUGCAUCUGUGUACCAACCCAUUUCUCCAGCUGAACAUGCAUCGAUGCAAUCUGAUGAGUUCGAGCCUGAAGAAGAUCCAGAUGAGGAUCCGGAAGAGGAGAUGGAGGAGGAACCUAAGGAUGAUCCCGAAGAAGAUAUGGAUGAAGAUGAGGUAAUAAUAAUAACCGAUUCAGAGUCACCCGCUUCAAUUCCACCUUCUCCCAGCCGCUCUUUCCUUGGAUUUUCACUCUGCCGUUCAAGAAAAACCGCUAGGAUUUCGGUCCCAAAACCCGUUACUAUAAAAUAUAACUUGAGGUCCCCUCGCACCAAAAAGACGAUGGAACCACCUGUUUCGGAAAGCAACUAUGAGAACCAAAGGACGACCGGAAAGCGGACGGCAGGAACAUUUGAAGAAGGACAAACAUCUGGAGCUGCACCUACUUCUGACAUGGACAUUGACAAAUUGUCCUUCCUACUUGAGCAGAACGUCCGAUUGCACGGACAAAUGUGGCACGUCAGUGACAAACUAAGCAACAUGCAGGGUCAAUCCAUAAAAAGGAAGGAAGAAAUGGUCCGAAUGAAGCAACUACAAGAGCAGUAUUAG